AUGUCGAUUGUGUGUAGGAAGGUGUUAAUACUUGCGCUCACUAUCUCCAGGUGUAGCAGUGAAGGUCCUGACUUAGACACGGGGGAUGUUGAUGCAGCAGCUAAGCUAAGUUCUAUGGAGAGAGAAGGAGGUGAAUUUCCUCCUGUGUCUACGGGGAAAAUACUUAUCCCGACUUUCACGUUUCAAAAGAUCAACCUGGAGGCGAUCAGCUGUCAGACUGACGAACAAUGCUACAUACAUCUGCCAAACUUAGACGUCGCUCUUGCAAAAAACAGUAACUUCCCUUCUGCUCCCUACUGCAGCAAGUCAGCAAAUACCUCAUCCCUGGGACACUGUGGAUGCGGUGAAGGGAAAUGUGUGUCUUAUACAAAGGAGUUCGGAAGGGGAACAAUACUGUAUUACUGCGGUCCCUGUAGCUACGUUGGUGCGAGAUGUGGUGACGACUUUCCUUGCCAACAUGAGCUUGCCGAAUGCAGAGACAACUUCUGUGCUUGCAAGAAUGGAGGGGAUUUCUUCGAAUUUUCCUAUUGCGAAGUCCCACAUCUUGGCUUCGAAGUGGCAGUAAACAUGGCCUUCGUCGUGUGCAUUACCAUCAGCAUCUGCCUCGUCCUUGCCUCCUCGUAUGGUAUCAUUAACAUGCAUCGACUGCGCAGAAUCCCGGGGCUGAUACGGUACUUGCAGUCCCAUCAGCGACAGUGUGAACCAACUACUGAGGACCUUCCUCCAAAAUACGACGACUUGGUGGACAAACUGCCGUCUUAUGAGGAAGCGAUUUUCACGAUACAGAAGAAUCCCUCCGUCGCUGCCGGUCGCAAGAAUCUCGCCUUCGACUCUGCGGAGGAGACAGAAGCCCUUCCCGCCGUCGACGUCGAAGUGGCAUCGCGUGGAAACCCAGGCGAUCAGAGAGAUAAUUAUUCAGUCCCUGUGCAUUCGUAUCAGGUGCAAACCUAUGUUAAAUAUCCCCAAUCCGAUGCAGGGAGAUUGGCUAAUCCGCCUCCGUAUCAUACAGAAUCUGACGUGAAAUUUUCCCAGUCCGAUGCAGGAAGAUUGGCUAAUCCGCCUCCGUAUCAUACAGAAUCUGACGUGAAAUUUUCCCAGUCCGAUGCAGGGGGAUUAGCUAAUCCUCCUCCUAGAUAUGGCGUGGAAAAUGAGGUAAUCAAUCCAUCAACACGACCUCACUCGAGCCGACGUCCUGAUGAAACUCCAAUACGGAAUUUACUCGUUAAGCACACAAAUUCUUGAAACGUUUAUCAAUAUCAUUAUUAUUAUUGUUAUCAUUAUUAUACUCUUCAUAAAUGUUCUUUUUUAUAUUAAUCUAUUCAUAAAUUCUCGAUCAUUUCACUCAUUCUCAUCCCUAUCAUUAAAUUAUACUGCCAUAGUCCAGAGAGGUUUGAUAUUUACUCUGCGUAGGUUACGGGAAGGAAAAGGAUAAUAGAGAUUAAGGAAAAGCAAUUCAGAGAUAUAAUCGCCA